AUCGAAGCGCAUCAGUAAUGUGUAUUUCACUGAAUAUUUGAGCGCAUUUAACGGCAUCUGUGUGAAAGUUUGUUCCUUUAUAAUGGCAGACUACUGGAAGUCACAGCCGCGGAAGUUCUGUCAGUACUGCAAGUGUUGGAUCGCUGAUAAUAAACCUAGUAUCGAAUUUCACGAGAGAGGAAAGAAUCACAAGGAAAAUGUCGCGGCUAAAAUCACAGAUAUUAAGAAGAAAAGCAUCGCAAAACUCAAACAGGAGGAGAAGAUGUCAAAAGAGUUUGCAGCGAUGGAGGCGGCAGCACUUAAAGCGUAUGAGCAGGAUCUGAAGAGAAUGAACGCUCCAUCAGGUGAGAGUUUAGCUGUGACUGAAGCUCCUGUUAAACCACAAACUAAACCACAAUCUAAACCACAAACUAAACCACAAACUAAACCACAACAUAAGGCACAGAGACGUGAAUUCAAAGUCCACAAGCAGACCAGCAGCAGUAAUAAUAAUAAUAAUCAGGGGACUGUUUGGGUGGAGGGAACCACUGAUGACGGACACAUUUACUACUACAACACCAUCACAGGAGCGUCUCAGUGGCAGAAACCAGACGGCUUUCAGAGUGAGAGUACACCAUCAUCAUCAUCAUCAUCAUCAUCAGCUGCUGGACAAACUCAGGAAACUUCAGCCAGUUCAUGGAUUGAGGCUGUGAGUCCUGAGGGAUACUCGUAUUACUACAACACUGAGACCGGCGAGUCCAGCUGGGAGAAACCAGAGAACUUCAGUCCUUCAGAUGGAUCUCCUCAUGAGGAUUCAGGAGCAGCGGAGGAGCCCGAGUCUCUUUCUGCAGGAGAAAACUCCUCUGACGCUCCAAAAGACACAACAGAACCAGAACCAGAACCGGCAGAAAGCACACACAGCAGCGUACCAAAGAUCAGUUUCAGGAAAAGGAAAGAGCCGACUGAAACAUCAGCAGAUGAUGGAAGUGAGGAAAAGGCUGAUGAAGGAGGACGAGAGGAAGAAGAGGAGCAGAAAGAGAGCGACAGACGUGUGACUGAAACAGUGGAACAUGUGACACUCGUAAAGAAACCCAGACAGAAGAACAUCAAUCCAUACGGAGUCUGGGAGCAGAUCCAGCCUGAGGAAGAUCCAUAUGAGAAUGUGGAUCUGCAGCUGCCGCAGAUGGAGAGCGCAGUCGCUGCAGCCGCUCCAUCUGGUGUCCCGCAGGAGCCCAGAACGAAGUUUAAAGAGCGCACCAUCACGUCACUGGGAGACGAGGGCUGCGCUGGAGCCACAUUCAAGAAGAGGAAGACUGAGAACGGCAAAUCCAGGAGUCUGAGACAGAGAGAGAAAGACGAGUAGAUUGUGUUGUUGAAGGACACUGAUUUUCUGAUGUUACAGGAGUAAUGAUCCGCUGCAGCAUCACGCCGCUUUUCAAUAUAGAAUUUUUAUGUUGGUAAAUCAUUGGUGGAUUUUUAACCAGCUUUGUAUCUGCUUCAAAAUGAUUUUGUUCGUCUUUACAGAAAAAUAUAUAUUUGAAUAAGUUCUUCAGUGUUUAAGUGGUUUGUGACUGUCUUUUGGAAUAUUUUUUAUUGUGGGCAUGUAGAAUCAAAGCCAUAAUUUUCACUUUUAUUGAACAAUGAGUUGAGAUCUUACAGCUUGUGACUUUUAUUACACGAUCCAUCUGAAAUAAAGGAAUCUGUCAUUAUUUACUCA